UCAAAUAAUCAUUUUGGUUCACAGAAUGUCAUUAGACAGAGUGAAAGAGAAUUUUCUGCAAAAAUACUGCAAAUCAAUGAAGGAUAAGCUUCAUCAACCUUUAAUUCUUCUUCUUUUUCUCGUCUUUUUCUCAUCAUUUCAACUACCCUCUUCAGCAUACACUCUUCCAGACAAGUAUUUCAUCAACUGUGGAUCCAACAUCAACUUAAACAUUGCUUCUCGGGCUUAUGUUGGUGAUAUGAAUUCUAGUCUCGUCUCCUUUACCAAACAGAAGAGUUUUGUCUUUGACAACAAGCGGGCGACAAAGACGCCAUCAGAUCUAUAUCAAACGGCAAGAAUUUUUUGGCAGAAGUCUUCCUACGUGCUUGGAAUCGACGGUAACGGUUCUUACUUGGUACGUCUUCAUUUCUUCAGUUCGAUGAAUCUCUCCGCUGCUGUUUUUGAUGUUUCAGCUUCUCGUUUCGUGCUCCUACAUAAUUUCACAGUCCAAAACCGUAACAACACUGCUGUAAUAAAAGAAUUCAUUUUAAGCAUACCGAUAGGUGACUUUUCAAUCAACUUUGUACCUCAAGGAUCUUCUUUCGCCUUCGUAAACGCGAUCGAGGUCUUUCCGGCUCCUCCGGACUUCAUUAAUGAUGAAGCUAGCAAUGGUAACAACGGUAUACUCUCCCAAGCUCUGCAUACAAUUCAUAGGAUUAAUGUCGGAGGCCCUACUCUUACACCGCAAAACGACACUUUAUUGAGAACAUGGCUUCCCGAUGAUGGGUAUCUGUAUAAUGCCCUCACUGCAAAGAACAUACAAGGUUUAGCAGGUCAACCUAAUUAUUUGACCCCGGUUGACAAAUUUAUUGCACCAGCUCCUGUAUAUAUGACUGCCAAAGAGAUGAAUAUAGAUACUGAUAGACCAUCAAACAACUUCAAUGUUACAUGGUCCUAUGAUGUAACUCCGAAUGCCCGGUACUUGGUUCGGGUUCACUUCUGUGACGUUGUUAGUCUUUCACUAAGUAACUUCCAGUUUCUGUUCUAUAUAGAUAGCCACUACAGCCAGAAAAUCAAUCCUUAUAACAUAACGGGGCAAUUGGCAACUCCAUUUUAUGUCGACUUUGUGGUUGAUUCUGAUGAUUCAGGAUUCAUGAACAUCUCCGUCGGGCCUGAUAGUAGUUCUUUGAUGAAAACAGCUUUUCUAAAUGGGGUUGAGAUAAUGGAAAUGGUGGGAGUAUCUGAUCUUGUUACUGUUAAUGUUAAGCCGAAACAGAUGUCUCUCUUUGUUAUUGUCGGUCUGGUCCUUGGAGGUCUAGUUCUUGUCUGCACCUUCGGAGGUCUGUUGUGUAUUAGAUCAAAAUGCAGGAAGUCGAAAUCCGUUGAAACUCCGGAGUGGCGACCAUUAACUGCCUAUAAAGGGAGCACUCACAGUAAUAGGAAGAUGUCUCAACAGUCGAAACUAAGCAGAGAGGGCACCACCAAUGCCUCACCUGUCCCUGAUUUGAAUCUGGGUUUGAAGAUACCAUUGUUUGAGAUUCAGUUAGCCACAAGCAACUUUGAUACGAAGUUGCUGAUUGGUAAGGGUGGAUUUGGUGAUGUCUACCGAGGAACUCUUAGAACUGGCAUCAGAGUGGCUGUGAAACGAAGAAAGCCAGGGUCAGGUCAAGGCCUCCCGGAAUUUCAGACAGAGAUCAUGGUUUUAUCCCGAAUUCGUCAUCUCCAUCUCGUUUCCUUGAUCGGAUAUUGCGACGAAAUGUCUGAGAUGAUCCUGGUGUAUGAGUUCAUGGAAAAAGGAACUCUAAGGGAACACCUAUACAACUCAGAAUUGCCUUGCUUACCUUGGAAGCAAAGGCUUGAAAUUUGCAUUGGUGCCGCAAGGGGACUUAAUUACCUUCACAAAGGUGCAACUGGAGGCAUCAUUCACCGUGAUGUCAAAUCGACAAACAUCUUGCUUGAUGAGAACCUUGUGGCGAAAGUAGCCGACUUUGGCCUUUCAAGAUCAGGUCCUCCUGACCAAUCCCAUGUUAGCACAAAUGUUAAAGGAACUUUCGGUUAUCUCGAUCCCGACUACUUCAGGACACAACAGCUGACAGAGAAAUCCGAUGUUUAUUCGUUCGGUGUGGUUCUUCUCGAGGUGCUGUGUGCAAGGCCAGCUAUCGAUCCUACACUUCCAAGAGACCAAGUCAGCCUAUCCGAAUGGGGACUGCUAUGCAAGAAAAAAGAACUGUUAGAGCAGAUUAUCGAUCCCUCCAUAAAACUUCAGAUCAAUCCCAACUCAUUAAGGAAAUUUGCAGAUAUAGUGGAGAAAUGCCUGGAAGAAGAUGCUGCUGAUAGGCCUACCAUGAGUGAUGUGGCAUGGGACUUGGAGUAUGCUUUGCAGCUUCAGCAAACUGCAGUUGCACAACUGCCACAUGAGGACAGCAUGUCCAAUGUUUCCGCCAUGUUCCUGGUGUCCGGUAUCCAGCGUUUGCCUUCAAUGACUGCUCAGUUUCACAGCUCUGAUACGUCCAUUAUAAGAGAGGGUGACUCUGAUUCAGUCCCAUCAGCAAGUGAAGUUUUCUCGCAGUUGAGAAUCGAUGAUGCCAGGUAAACCAAUCGGGUUACAAGCCACCUCUUUGCCAGUUGACGUUCUUUAAGUAUUAUCUGAAAUCAAAUUGCCAGUUCUGUAUUAAUGUUUGAACUUGUAGAGUUCAUAGAUUUACCGGAUACCAGCUAGAUGAAUUGUACUACAAGAGCUUGUUUCUGAGAUAUAAAGG